GCAAGCCGCGCCAUCCUAACCAGCGUGUUUUUCAUCGCUCAUUACACUGAAGCCACUUGCAGAGCUCCUACAAUCGCAAGCGUUGCAAACACACUUUCACUUUUCUGUCGGCAUUUUUCCAGAUAUAUCCAGCGAUGGAUAUGGACAGUGCCAGUUCAGUGGUGCUGCGGGCCUUGACCCAAGCGACCAGCCAGGACACGGCCGUGCUGAAGCCUGCAGAGGAGCAGCUCCGGCAAUGGGAGACACAGCCGGGCUUCUAUUCAGUCCUUCUGAAUAUUUUUAAUAACCACACGCUGGAUGUGAACGUGAGAUGGCUUGCUGUGCUUUACUUCAAAAAUGGCAUUGACAGAUACUGGAGGAGGGUGGCCCCUCAUGCAUUAUCAGAAGAGGAGAAGACAUCACUGCGCGCUGGUCUUAUCACAAACUUCAAUGAGCCCGUCAAUCAGAUAGCAACCCAGAUUGCAGUACUGAUAGCCAAGGUGGCCCGGCUUGAUUGCCCGAGGCAAUGGCCGGAGCUUAUUCCAAUUCUGCUCGAAUCCGUGAAGGGUCAAGAUGGCCUGCUGCAGCACAGAGCACUUCUCACCUUCUAUCAUGUCACCAAAACACUGGCAUCCAAACGUCUGGCGCAGGACAGACGUCUUUUUCAAGAUCUGGCGUCAGGCAUCUACAGCUUUGCGUGUUCCCUGUGGAGUCAUCACACCGACUGCUUCCUGCAGCAAGUCUGUGCCAGAGAUGAGUCUGCAGCUCUCAACUCGUUGGAGAGGACUCUGCUCUCUCUUAAAGUGCUUCGCAAAUUGACAGUCCAUGGAUUUCAAGAUCCCCAACAGAAUAUGGAAGUAAUGGGUUUCCUGAAUGCAGUGUUUGAAAGGCUAAAACAGUUCUUGGAAUGCUGUCGGCAAGUUGGUAUAGAGAGCCCGUGUAGAGAGAAGCUGGAAAAGACAAUAAUACUGUACACUAAAGUUUUGUUAGAUUUCCUGGAGUACCAUCCGUGCGCCUUCAUACCCCUAAUCCAGCGCUCCCUGGAGUUUGCCGUUACCUAUGUUUUCACACCUGCCGGGGAGGGAGUGACCUUUGAGCGCUUCAUUGUUCAGUGCAUGAACCUCAUCAAGAUGAUCGUAAAGAAUGAUGUGUACAAACCUUCGAAGAAUAUUGAAGAGAGUAAACCAGAAAGUCUGGAGGCUCACAAGAUCAAGACGGACUUCUUCACUCACCCCACGCUGACAGAGAUCGGGCGCCGCCUCGUCUCACACUACUUCCUCCUCACAGAAGAAGAACUGACAAUGUGGGAGGAGGACCCUGAGAGCUUUGCUGUCGAAGAAACUGGUGGUGACUCCUGGAAGUACAGUCUGCGGCCAUGUACAGAGGUAUUGUUCCUGGACAUCUUCCACAACUACAGCCAAACCCUGACACCAGUACUCCUGGAAAUGGUGCAGAAUCUGCAGGGCCCAACCAAUGUGGAGGACUCUGUUCAGUUGCUAAUGAAGGAUGCAGUUUACAAUGCGGUGGGGUUGGCAGCAUAUGAACUCUUUGACAAUGUGGACUUUGACCAGUGGUUCAAGAAUCAGCUUCUUGGAGAGCUGCAAGUCAGCCAUCACAGGUACAAGCUGAUACGAAGACGAGUCAUCUGGCUAAUAGGGCAAUGGAUCUCUGUCAAAUUCAAAUCUGAUCUUCGACCUUUGCUCUACGAGGUGAUCUUAAGCCUCAUGCAGGAUCCUGACCUGGUGGUGCGGAUUGAAACGGCUACAACGCUAAAGCUGACUGUUGAUGACUUUGAGUUCCGGACCGAGCAAUUCCUCCCGUACCUGGAGUCCAUCUUUGGGCUUCUCUUCCAGCUGUUGCAGCAGGUGACAGAGUGUGACACCAAGAUGCAGGUUCUCCAUGUCAUCUCCUGCGUCAUAGAGAGGGUGAACACCCAGAUCCGGCCAUACGUAGGCUGCUUGGUUCAGUACCUGCCCCUGCUCUGGAAACAGUCUGAAGAACACAACAUGCUUCGAUGUGCCAUACUCACUACGCUCAUCCACCUGGUGCAGGGCCUUGGGGCAGAGAGUAAGAACCUUUACCCUUUCCUUCUUCCCGUCAUCCAGCUGAGCACCGACGUUUCUCAACCGCCGCACGUCUAUCUGCUAGAGGACGGACUGGAGCUUUGGUUGGUGACUUUGGAGAACAGCCCAGCCAUCACCCCGGAGCUGCUCAGAAUCUUCCAGAACAUGUCGGCUUUGCUGGAGCUGAGCUCCGAGAAUCUCCGCACCUGUUUUCAGAUUAUCAACGCCUACCUGUACCUGUCUGCCAUUGAGUUCCUACAGAGUUACGGCGAAUCAUUGUGCCGAUCCUUUUGUGAUCUUCUAAAGGACAUUACAAAUGAGGGACAAGUCCAAGUACUAAAGGUGGUUGAAAUAGCUUUAAAGGUUAGCCCCAUACUGGGAGCCCACAUGUUUCAGCCCCUGCUGCCAGCUGUCUUCCGAGGUAUCGUGGACGGGGAGCGUUAUCCCGUGGUGAUGUCCACCUACCUUGGCAUCAUGGGUCGUGUGCUGCUCCAGAACUUUAGCUUCUUCUCCUCUUUGCUCGCACAAAUGGCUUCUGAAUGCAACCAGGAGAUGGACCAGUUGUUGGGGAGUGUGAUCGAGAUGUGGGUGGACCGCAUGGACAACAUCACUCAGCCUGAGAGGAGGAAAUUGUCAUCUUUGGCUCUGGUGUCUCUUCUACCUUCUGACAACAGUGUAAUCCAGGACAAAUUCUGUGGCAUCAUCAACAUUUCUGUGGAAGCGUUGCAUGAUGUGAUGACAGAGGAUCCAGAAACGGGGACCUUUAAAGACUGCAUGCUGAUGAUCCAUUUUGAGGAGCCCAAGCUAAGUGACGAAGAGGAGCCACCAACCGAGCAGGAUAAGAGGAAGAAACUUUUGGCCCUGGAGGACCCCGUCCACAGCGUGUCCCUCCAGCAGUUUGUCUAUGAAAAACUGAAGGCCCAGCAAGCCCUGAUGGGGGACCAGAGCUUCGGGGCCCUGAUGGAGACUGUGGACACAGAGCUCGUCAGGCAGCUCCAGGAGUUCCUGCAAGCCCUCUGAAUAAGACAUGCAGUCCUUCGCUUCAUUACACAAAUGCUACGCCCCACCACCAUUUAAAAAAAAAAAAAAAAAAGUCCAUAAAAGGCUAACGAUCCACCCCAUGCGUGAACUCCUGAUUCAGACCUCCCCAACCUCUUCGCAGACUAUGCCUUAUCUAUAUUCAGUCCGAGCCUUGUCAACCACUCUUUGGUCUCCUUUGAUGUUAUCUGUGGGUGCCUACAUACGUUUAAAGGCUGUUGAAACACCCACAGGUAGACAUCACCACACCAGAGCUUCCAUUUAAUUCUUCUAGUUUCUUAACUUUCGAACAGUUUGACUUGAGAUGGGUUAAACGCGAUGAUGAAUGUUGAUGCUGGAGCUGUUGAGUAAAAUGCAAAAACCAGCUGCGUAAGCCAGAACAAAAGCCUCGGACUGUUUUUCAGUGGGGGGGGUUAAAAACAGCCAGAUUGUAGCAGAAAUGUGUAAAAAAGAAAAAUCUGAAGGAUCUAAAACAGUGUUUACAGAAUCUAUUCUUAAAGGACAAAAAAAAGAAGUGUAAUUUUGUAUGUAUAGUAUGAUCGGCAUGACAAUUUUCUUCAAUUUCUAAUAAGAGCUUGAAGUUACUACUGAUUGUGUUUUUUUCUUUCAUUUCAUGUUAUUUUUGUCCGUUAAUGCAGACGUUUUUAAACAAUUUUGUUGAUUCAUAAGUGUGCUGAACUACAUUUUUAUGUAUAUACCUACUGCUGCUAAUAGAUGGUGUGUCAGAGCACUUUAAUAACCAAAAACUGUUUUACAUUAUUAUUAUUUUUCUUCCAUCCUUAACACAAUGAUUGGGGGUCUCAGAGCAGGACUGAAGUUGGAUUAAAAACCUAAACUUUAUUUUUCUGCAUCUUGGUGCAACUUGGCCCAAGAUGCAGCCUUUGUGGAAAUAUCAGGAGCUCCUAGGUCAUGUUUUCCAUUUUGUUUCAUCUGAUUUAAUCAAUUCUUAAGCUUUUUAAGUUGUUCGCUUAUCACAAAAAAAUGUCCCACUGGCCCCGCUGCUGUGACAUUUCUACAGGCCUGUUUUAGUUAGAAAUGACGCUUUGAUAAUGUUAUCUGAAAAGAGAAGUGUUUGUUUUUCAGUUUUUGUAGCUUCCUCAAUCUAGUUACUCAAGAGGUUUACAAAAUUGGAGAUGGAAAGUAAUACAUUACUUGACGUUGGCAGAUUUGUUUAUUGUUUUUUUUUGUUUUGUUUUUUACCCCUUUUCAUUGUGAAUAUACGGCUAACAAAAUAGCUUUGUUGUAAAGUAGAAGUCAUAAAAGGGAAAAAGUCCAAUCUGAAGAAAAUGUGAACCUCUGGAUUUUAUAUUGAUUCCUUUGUGAUUAACGGAGCAAAGAAGUUCCCUCAUUACAUUCGAUUGAUGAGCCUCAAAGGUAAGAUGAUGAUCCUGACUGUAGCUCCUUCGACACUGUCAGAAUUACAGCCUUAUGCUUUCAGACUUAUCUAUUAGAAUCUGAAAGCCACAUUUUUACUUGUCUGUUCAGUUCUUAACCAGUUUAGCAGUGGAGAAUUUAUUUACUUAUUUUUUUUAAUUAUUGUAUUGUAGUAAUAAUUAAGUUUUGAACGCCACAUACACAGAAGUUACACUUGGUUUUGUUUUGUGGGAAAUAAUCCCUGUUUCUUCCUGUCUUAAGCCUUCAAUAAAAUGUAAAGUACUCA